AAGUUCAGCAAUCAAACAACAAAAAAAAUGGCAAAACAGCUUCAUCCUCAUGCCUUGGUAAUUCCAUGCCCAUAUCAAGGUCAUAUAAAUCCAGCAAUCCAUUUAUCGUUAAAACUUGCUUCAAAAGGAUUCAUCAUAACUUUUAUCAACACACAAUUCAUUCAUUCCCAAAUAACAAAUGCCCAUUCACCUCCCGGGCUCGAAAAUAUCUUCUCUAAAGCCUGUGAAUCUGGGCUUGACAUACGUUAUUUAACUAUUUCCGAUGGAUUUCCGUUGGAAUUCGAUCGGAAUAUGAAUUCGUUACCAUUUUUGGAAGGUCUAAUAAAUGGAUUUUCGAAGCAUGUUGAUAAACUAGUUGGGGAAUUAGUGAAAGAGGAUUGUAUUGAUCCAAUUAAUUGUUUGAUUGCUGAUACUUUCCUUGUUUGGCCAUCGAUUAUCGCAAAAAAAUACGAGAUUGUUCAUGUUUCAUUCUUCACUGAGCCAGCUUUGGUUUUUGCUCUCUAUUAUCAUUUGGAUUUGCUUGAAGAAAAUGGACACUCUGGCUCUCAUGAAAAUCGGCAAGAUAUUGUUGAUUAUAUUCCUGGAGUUAAAUCAAUCAAAUCAAGUGACUUGCCAUCCUUGUUCCAAAAUUCAGUGGUGCACCAAUUGAUCUACAAGGCAUUUCAAGAUGUUCGAAAAGCUGAUAUAAUAAUAGCCAAUACUGUUCAGGAGCUUGAACUUGAAACCAUCACAUCGAUUCAAGAAAACCACAAGUUCUACGCCAUUGGUCCAAUUGUGUCCGCGAAUUUCACUGAACUAACUAUUUCGAGUAGCCUAUGGUCCGAGCACGAUUGCACCCAAUGGCUCGAUGCCAAGCCUUGUGGUUCGGUCUUGUACGUCUCGUUUGGGAGUGUGGCUCUUGUCAACAAAGAGGAUAUUCUUGAAUUAGCUCAUGGACUUAUGCUUAGUGAAGUUAAUUUCAUUUGGGUACUUAGGUUUAAUGUUUUAGGUGAAGAUGAAAAUGAUAUUUUGCCUGUUGGAUAUAAAGAAAAAGUGAAGAAUCGAGGGUUGAUCGUGCCAUGGUGCAACCAAACGAGGGUCAUUUCACAUUCAGCAGUCGGAGGUUUCUUGAGUCAUUGUGGAUGGAAUUCUGUUGUGGAAAGCAUUUGGUGUGGGGUGCCGUUGAUUUGUUCUCCACUUGUCACCGAUCAACUUGCCAAUCGGAAAUUAGUGGUUUAUGAUUGGAAAGUUGGAAUCAAUCUUCGUGACGAGGAAUCGAUCACGAGAGAGGAAGUAUGCGAUAAGAUUAAAUAUUUGAUGAAUGAAGAGACUUCGAGUAAUUUAAGGAAGAAUGUUGCACAAGUGAAAGAGACAUUUCAUGAUACAUUAGCUACGAAUGGAUCAUCAAAUGUUAAUUUUAACAAGUUUGUUGAAGAAUUGAAGAUGAAGAUUAGUUUAGCUUGAGAGGAUCUAGUCUUAAAACACUAUAUUCACGUGAAUUUAA